GGUGUUGAGGACCACGGAGACGGAGGGAGAAAGAAAAGCGGGCAUACUGUUUUCUUUAUACUCCUCGCCGACCUCUAAACCCUACAAGGCGUGCUUGUUUGGAUUUUCAAGCCGAGUGUCUGCGCUUUCGGGGAGGCCAGUUCACCGCUGGACUUUGUGUUUGCAUUGCGGUGGAAUAGUCCCCAUUCAUUCCGUUGUCUGUGCUAGCAGGCUAAUCUUGGCGUCUGCUGCGCCAGGCCUUCUUCCCCCACUGCUGGACUUUGCUACUAGCUCGCGUGGCUAACGCUAGCGGGCUAACCCACGUUUUUUUUUCCUUCCCCCUCCAAUGACUUUGCCCUGCGCCUUGUAAUUAAAUCCCAAUCCUCUUUUAUGUUCUAAUCAGAAUAUAGUGGUUCUUGAUUAGGUUGCUAGUUAAAGCAAAUUUAAGCGUGCAACCUUUUUGGGGCUGCUAUCGAAAUCUGCUUUUUUUUUUUUGGUUGCUAGCUCGAGCGAAUAACGCAGACGCGGAAAGCCGCCCAAGCUUAUAGAGAUGUCGGACUUCGACGAAUUUGAACGGCAGCUCUCUGAAAACAAACAGGCUGAGCGGGACAAAGAGAAUCGGCAUCACCGCCGCUCCGGCUCCCGUAGCCGCAGCAGAGACAGGAAGAGGCGAAGCCGAGACAGGGACAGACGUAGCCGGGAUCGGCGUGGCGAUAGUAAGGAUCGCAGACACAGACGCAGCUCGCCACCGACCUACCCACAGGAGAAUACUGCAAGUCGUUCUCCACACCGUGAGAAAAAGAAGAUAAAGGUGAAGAAGUACUGGGAUGUCCCACCACCAGGUUUUGAAAACAUCAGCCCCAUGCAGUACAAAGCCAUGCAAGCUGCUGGCCAAAUCCCAGCUACAGCCCUCUUGCCCACCAUGACUCCAGAUGGCCUGGCCGUCACUCCCACCCCUGUGCCCGUCGUGGGCAGCCAGAUGACCCGACAGGCUCGCAGGCUCUACGUGGGAAACAUUCCCUUUGGGAUCACUGAGGAGUCAAUGAUGGACUUCUUUAACGCUCAGAUGCGUUUGGGUGGUCUUACUCAGGCCCCGGGAAACCCUGUGCUUGCUGUGCAGAUCAACCAAGAUAAGAAUUUUGCCUUCCUUGAGUUCCGCUCAGUGGAUGAGACAACACAGGCAAUGGCUUUUGAUGGAAUCAUCUUCCAAGGCCAGAGCCUUAAAAUUCGCCGUCCACACGAUUACCAGCCACUGCCGGGCAUGAGCGAGAACCCCAGUGUCUAUGUGCCUGGUACACAGACAAUUAAUGGUCUUGUUGUCAACACAGGAGUGGUCUCCACAGUGGUGCCCGACUCGGCCCACAAGCUCUUCAUCGGCGGGCUGCCCAACUACCUGAAUGACGACCAGGUGAAGGAGCUGUUGACAUCAUUUGGCCCUCUGAAGGCCUUUAACCUGGUGAAGGACAGUGCCACAGGCCUGUCUAAAGGAUACGCCUUCUGUGAAUAUGUCGACGUCAACCUCAAUGACCAGGCUAUUGCCGGGCUCAACGGCAUGCAACUGGGAGACAAGAAGCUCCUGGUGCAGCGAGCCAGUGUGGGAUCCAAGAAUGCCACUCUGACCAGCAUAAACCAGACCCCUGUCACGCUGCAGGUGCCUGGGCUGAACAGCACAGUCACCCAAAUGGGCGGCCUGCCCACCGAGGUGCUUUGCCUAAUGAACAUGGUAGCCCCCGAAGAGCUGCUGGACGAUGAAGAGUACGAGGAGAUCGUGGAGGAUGUCCGGGACGAGUGCAGCAAGUACGGCCAAGUCAAAAGCAUUGAGAUCCCGCGGCCCGUCGACGGUCUGGAAGUGCCCGGCACUGGGAAGAUCUUUGUGGAGUUCAUGUCAGUGUUCGACUCUCAGAAAGCCAUGCAGGGCCUGACAGGAAGGAAGUUUGCCAACAGAGUAGUGGUGACGAAGUACUGCGACCCAGACGCGUAUCACCGCCGGGACUUCUGGUAGAGGAGGCAAGAUGGAGGUGGGGGGG